AUGGUAACAACCAACACUGUUUAUCUGGUUAGCCCCACCAUGCUCGGCAUCACUAUGGUAACAACCAACACUGUUUAUCUGGUUAGCCCCACCAUGCUCGGCAUCACUAUGGUAACAACCAACGCUGUUUAUCUGGUUAGCCCCACCAUGCUCGGCAUCACUAUGGUAACAACCAACGCUGUUUAUCUGGUUAGCCCCACCAUGCUCGGCAUCACUAUGGUAACAACCAACGCUGUUUAUCUGGUUAGCCCCACCAUGCUCGGCAUCACUAUGGUAACAACCAACGCUGUUUAUCUGGUUAGCCCCACCAUGCUCGGCAUCACUAUGCUGCUAGCCACCCUCCUGACCCAGUAUGAGAGGUUAAAAGGAGUCCAGUCUUCAGGGGUGAUGCUCAACUUCUGGCUGGUGGCCGUCCUCUGUGCUACCGUCACAUUCAGAUCCAAGAUCAUACAAGUCAUCAACGAGCCGUCAGCGGUGUGUGUGUUCAGAUACACAACCUUCUACAUCUACUACACACUGCUGCUCAUCUCUCUGCUCCUGGCAGCCCUCUCAGACCAGCCUCCUCUCUUCUCAGAGGCAUCCAAAGACGCUAAUCCCUGUCCUGAGAUCGGAGCUUCCUUUCUGUCCAGAAUCAGCUUCUGGUGGAUCACUGGUCUGAUAGUAACAGGUUAUAAGCGUCCGUUAGAACAGAAGGAUCUGUGGUGUCUGAACUCAGAGGACCGCUCCCAGAGGGUCGUCCCUCAGCUGGUACGACGCUGGAACAACGAGUGCCUGAAGGUCAAAAGACCGGAGGAGAAGACUCUGUACUCUCCUAAGAAGGCUCCUCGGGGAGAGAGGAAGGAGGGUGUCCCCGUAGAGGAGUCAGAGAUCCUGAUUAUGAAGACACCCCAGAAGACGAGAGAACCCUCUCUGUUCUGGGCCCUCUGUCUCACCUUCGGACCCUACUUCCUCAUCUCUUCUCUCUACAAGAUCAUCCAGGACAUUCUCAUGUUCGUGGGGCCGAAUAUACUCAGGUUGCUGAUCCAGUUUGUGAACGACUCUAGCGCCCCCUCGUGGCAGGGCUACUUCUACACCGCGCUGCUGUUCGUUUGCACCUGCUUCCAGACCCUCAUCCUGCAGAAGUACUUCCAUGUGUGCUUCGUCACGGGAAUGAGGCUACGCACUGCUAUAGUAGGAGCUGUCUACAGGAAGGCUCUGGUGAUCAGUAACGCGGCACGGCGUACGUCUACAGUGGGAGAGAUCGUCAACCUGAUGUCGGUCGACGCCCAGCGCUUCAUGGACCUCAUCACCUACAUCAACAUGAUCUGGUCUGCUCCUCUACAGGUCAUACUGGCCCUGUACUUCCUGUGGCAGAACCUGGGUCCGUCGGUGCUGGCUGGCGUGGCUGUAAUGGUUCUGAUGGUGCCAAUCAACGGUGUGAUCGCCAUGAAGACCAAAACAUACCAG